AUGCCGACGUCUCUAACGGACCCCUCGCUCCUCACCCUCUUCCAAGCCGCACCCCCCACCACCCGCCAAGCCUUCCUCCACUCCCUCGCGCCCCACUUCCACCCCGCCGACUGGCACAACCUGCACACCCUCCUCACCGCGCACUCCUACCACGUCGACCUCCUCCCCCUCCUCCCGCUCGAAAUCACCCUCCAGAUCCUGCGCCUCCUCCCUCUCCACGAGCUGGUCCUCGCCCGCCGCGUCUCCCGCCGAUGGAACACGCUCCUCCGCUCCCCGGACGUGUGCCGCUCCCUCACACGCCACUUCUUCCCCGCAAACACCGAAACGCACGUGCAGGGCCCCGCGCACCUGUUCGAGAACCUUGCCUCGCGGCGGCUGGCGUUCCUGCGGCACCGGCCCGCGGCGGUCGAGGAGCUCGUUGCAGACCCGGCCGAGAGGAGCCUCGAUGACGAGUUCAGCGUCGACAUCGAUUUCGAGCGCUGCCGCAUGGCCGUCUGGAUGCGCGGCGAGAACAGCAUCGUCGUGCGCGACCUGCUGUGCGGUGCGUCGGGGCCCGCGGUGCUGCCGCGGUCGUACAUGGACGACCACGGACAGAUCGACGAGGGGUCGCUGUCCGGCGCGGUUGUGGCCGCGGUGUCGACGACGAUGGGCGUGUGCCAGGUGUGGGAGCUGGCGACGGGCGACACGCACUCGUUCAGGCUGCCCGGCGCGGAGGUGGCGGCGAUGCACAGCGAUGGCCAUGUCACGGGGAUCCUGCUGCACCGGCGCAACCUGGAGUAUCAGCUGGUUGUGCACAGCGCGGCGGCGAGGAGGACGAGGUGCAUCGACAUUGCGUGCGGGGAGCAGUACAAUGGGAACCAGCUGAUUGUGCAUGAGGCCAGCAACAGGGUCGUCCAUAUGAGGUAUUUCGUGGACGGCAAGCUGGAUAUCGAGCUGGCCUCGUGGAGCAUCGACACGGGCAAGUUUAUCGAGAAGUCAACGCUGCGGGUCCCUACCCAGAAUGAAGUGCGGAGAUUCUGGCCUGUGGGGAACGGGCGGUGGGUGAUGCAUGCCAAUCUCGGAUACAAUGCAGAUUCUAUUAGCACAAUGCGUCGCGAACUGGAUCUCACAAAGCCAGGUCUGAAUAUUGUCGCCAAGCCUUACGAGGUGUCCAUCAGCAAAGUAUUUCCAGAAGUCGAAGAACACUUUGGGGGCUUUUGGCUGAAAGAGCUUGGAACCUCUGGCAGCAUGGCCUGGACCUUGACCAGUACCGCGUUGAAUGACGACCUCAUAACAGGCCUCAUCUGGGAAGAAGGUAACCUGGAAGCGAGGGCCAUUGACUUCCCACCUUUUCGGGCCGAAAACUCGACGAUACUCGGCGAUAAGCAAUUUGCCCCUUACUAUUUUGACCCAUAUAAUCGAUUCGCGCUAUGGGGUUACUGCCCAAGUAAUUCUGAACCUCUGGAAGUCGGGGUGCCCGAUAGGUGUGGUUUUGAAUCUUGCGUUUUAAUCGUGGAGAGAUAUUAUGGUAUACAUGAACAGCCAGAAAAAGUUCCGGGCGUGGCUAUAUAG